UGUGGGACACCACAAUAACGGUUAUGAACCAGUCCAUGUGUGUCAUCCCAUCCUGGGCCCCAUGGUGCCACUGCAUGGGGAAGAGAAUUGUCAGAUGAGGAGGUGACGUCGUGCCAUUGUGUCUCCAAGGGGAAGUGAGAGCGGACCUCCAGACACAUCCUGGGCUGUCUCACUGUCCCCAAGUUGCUCCUGCCUCAUGGCACCAAUGGCUCUGGCCCUCAUCCUGGGUUGGUGGCUGGUGGCUGCGAGCAGAGCACAGCAACUGCCCCGACCCUCCCUGUCGCUGCACCCCAGCCAGGAGAUAGAAGUGGGGGACAAUGUCACCCUGCGGUGCCACCUGCCCCGUCCAGCUGCCUGGGUCUGGUUGCGCCAGCACGAAGGUUGGACAAUUGCCAGAUACAGCGACAAGGAGCAGGACACGGUAGAGUUCUCCUUCUUGAGCACAAAUCGGGAGCACGCAGGUACAUAUCGGUGCAAGUAUCAGGUGUCUGAUUCUGAGGACGUAUCAGAGAUGAGUGACCCUGUGGAGCUGGUGCUGACAGAUCACAGCUUUCCCCCGCCCAACAUCUCCCUUCACCCCAAGGAAUGUGUGGAGAUAGGGACCAAUGUCACCAUCCAGUGCUGGAACAAGGACUAUGGGGCCACCUUCCUCCUGCACAAGGAUGGACGCUCAGCUCUUGUCCAGCGCCAGGGCUCUGAUGGUGCUGGCACGGCCUCCUUCACCUUCUCUGGAGUGACCCUGGCAGACUCCGGCACCUACAGGUGCUCCUUCCGCCCCUGGCAUUCCCCCUUUGUGUCCUCACCCCUUGGGGACAGCGUGACACUGGAGGUGACACCCACACCUGCACCCCCAGGUGCUGAGUCCCAUGGGAACCUGGUGGUGGCAGUGCUGAGGGGCUGCGCUGCUGCCCUCGUUUUUGCCCUCGGCAUCUUCUUUGUCAUCGAUGCCCGCAGCCUCUGGAUACGGAGAGAUGAGAGUCUGGGUCGGGGAGGGAUGUAAUGGUUUUGAUCUCCUGCAAAUCCUUUGUAGAUCUGCCCUGGUGUCCUCUUGCUCCCCUUCCAUUCCUCUGUAGAAUGCACCAUACGUACCAUUUGAUCCACUAUUAGUUGUCUAUUGAUUCCCCCAGAUUUCCCUGCCCCCAUCCCAUCUCCUAUAAAUCCCCCCAUAUAUCCCCCGCCUCCCCUUCCAGCCCCUAUCAAUUAUCUUGUCCCAGUCAUCUUGUGCAUCCAUGUCCAUCCUUUAUAGAUCCACUAUUCACAGUCAGUGAAUGAUGAGAACAGCUUUUCUACUCUUUGAGAACAGCCUUUCUCACCACCUGACUCCAACUCUCAGGCUGGAGCAGACAAGAUCCUCUGGAGAAAGGCAUUCCCUCACUCUGGAUUCUCUGUCUCUGCUUCUGCUCUUUGGGGAAGGCCUUGGGGAAAAGCACUGUGAGUCAGGCAGGGCGGCGCAGAGUGCACGGCAGUAAGAGCUGUGCUUCAGCCCUGAAGGCACCCAAGGGGGGAUUUAUUUUGGCGUGGGAUGGAAACGAUGAGUCUGCCUGAAAGGUGAUGGGGGGGUACGGCCCUGGCACAGUGUGGGUGCUGGGGAGGACGUUUACAGUUUGGGGCGACACGGGUCGCUGUCACAUUGCCCUGCCAGGAGGGGCUGGGCAGGAAAGUGAGGAGUGGGACUUUGUGGAAGGAGGGAAUGUCUGCACCGGUUUUCUUUUUCUUGGUGAUGGGAACUGUGCGAGUCAUUGUUGCUGUCUUUGUGAUUGUUCAACAUUUGUGUUGUAAAAGUGCUCCUUGUGGAAUCCCAUUCCCUGCUUGAAAUACUCUGUGUUGCUGGGGGACGUGGGUUACGACUCUUGCCCAGGGAAUUCGGUGCCCUGGGGAAGCGGGUGGGCUCCAUUCCCCAGCAGCACACAAGGGAUUUUCAACCAGUCCCGAAGAGCAGCCGGGAUAAACAGCUGUGAUGGGACACAGGGAGUCAAAAGAAAAGCCAGAAAGACCCCACUGUGUCAGUGGAGAGACGUCACUGGUGAGCCUGGGGGAACAAUGCAUGAGAAACCGGGAACAUAAAUGAUGUAACAGGACCAGAUGUUAUAAGUGAGUGUUCUAAUGGUGAGACCGAGCGCUGGUGCCUGUGGGAAUGUAUUGUUUGAGUCGUGGGCUUUGGAAGGAGUGGGACAAACUGGCUGGAUGUUGUGUGGGAGUGUAAUGGUUAAUGGUGUGUGUGAGUGUAAUUGAGGGUACAAAUAGUGGAACUGUGGGGAAGAAAAAGGCAGAAGGGUUGAGGAAAGUCAGUGAGAUUGAGAUAUCAGAUAUUAUCGGAUAUUAUGAUCUGCGCCGGCGUGAGAACAACCCUCCUGCACCCCCUUCCCAGGGGCUCAUAAGCAGAACUCUGAGAGUGGUAGAGAGAGAUCCGGAGCCGGAGACUGCAGUGAGCAGUGCUGACAGAGGCAAGGAUGGCUCUGUUUCUCAGCUUCUCGCUCUGUGCCGCCAGCGAGGGGCUGGGGGCACCAGGAGCUGGGAGGGGACAGAACCGGGACAGCUGACCUGCAGUGCCAAAGGGAUCUCCCCCACCAUAUGGCAUCAGGUGAGCUCUGAGGAGCUUCCUGGCGGGGAGAAACCACUGCUGGAGGCGGUGUGCG